CGCAUGCGCGGCCCUGCCGCUGCGCACCGACGAGAUGGCGGCCGUCGCUUUGAGCUGGGCACUGCGGGCCGCUCAGCAGGUUCUCCCCUCAUUCUGCAUAAGGCAAGUGCGGGGCCACUAUGUGGACUGGAGGAUGCUGCGGGAUGUCAAGAGAAGGAAGCUGGCCUAUGAGUACGCAGACCAGCGGCUGCGGAUCAAUGCCAUCCGGAAGAACACCAUCCUUCCCAAGGAGCUCCAGGAAGUGGCUGAUAAGGAGAUUGCUGCCUUGCCCCGGGACAGCUGCCCUGUGAGGAUCCGGAAUCGGUGUGUCCUGACCUCCCGCCCGCGCGGGGUGAGGCGGCGUUGGAGGCUCAGCAGAAUCGUUUUCCGCCAUUUUGCCGACCAUGCUCAGAUGUCUGGGAUACAGAGGGCGAUGUGGUAGAUCCACAUUCAGGUAGAAUACACAAACCAGGCCCAGUUGGUGUGUUUGAGUAAUUAAAGCAAGAUUCCCAUCUGAGAGUCCUGCAUUGGUAUCAGACCAACAAGGGAAGGAUGAGAAUCCUUGGUGAUUCUGGCUUUCUGGAUUGUCAUUGACAAGCAGCAGCAUAAUUGCACUGAAGUGAUCUGUAUGAAAGGCAGUUUCAUUUUGAGGGGAAAAAAGUCAUAAUGUGAUGGUUGCAGAACAAAGCUGAGGUUUGUGAUCUGGGCAGCAUGAGAAAUAAAGACAUACAGCACAAGGCUUGUUAAAGCAGUUUUUUUGCCACCAUAUGGUAAGUUCACUGUGGUCAUUGGGGUAAAAGCAUAAAUGUACAACAGGGCAAAGUGGUCUCCUGCCAUGAACAAGGGUGAGCAUGAAGUGAGAAUAAAACAUGGCCUCAAAUUUAGACACUUUUGCUAUACAAACUUAAUACACUUAUAUUAACAAGCAAAGUGGAGAGAGGACCUAUGAGAAACUACAGCGUGCUAGUAUUUCUCUCCUGUAGUGCAGUGCUUAGUCCAAUGCUCUAAGAACAAGGUAACAAGUCCUAGCCCAGACUAUAACAAGAGAGUAAUGGCUUCCUUAAUUUGUAAGGUAACAUCAAACAACUCUGUCCUUGGGAGACACAAGAAGGAAGCAAGAAGGAAACAGUAACAGGCUUGCUGCUAAGCUCAUGUUUGCCCUCUAUUCUUCAAAGCAGGGCACACAAGGGGGAAUGGCUGCUCCAUCCCCUCCCUAGUAUUGGGGCUGAAGGCCUGCAAUAAACAGACCAAGUAUUGGAAGCCACACAGGCAG